AUGUCGCAAGCAGGCCCCUCAGACGACCUGAGGCCACAAUUCACCUCGGAAGAGCUGCAAAAGAUCAACGCCGAGCUCGAUGGAAAGUCUCCGCAGGACAUCCUGCGGUGGGCCGUCGACAAUGUGCGGGGUCUAUAUCAGACGACCGCGUUUGGCCUGACUGGCCUCGCAGCUCUUGACAUGCUUUCCAAGAUUUCACUGGAACGGAACGAAACCCACCUUGUCCCCUUAAUCUUCCUCGACACACUACACCACUUCCCCCAGUCUGUCGAGCUCUCCCAAACCGCCGCAGACAACUACCUCGCCCCCCUGCACACCUAUACUCCGCCCGGCGUAUCGACCCAAGCAGAGUUCACCGCUAAGUACGGCGACAAGCUCUGGGAGAGCGACGAGGCGAGCUACGACUAUCUUGUCAAGGUCGAGCCGGCCGCUCGGGCGUAUGCGGAGCUGGGCGUCAAGGCGGUCAUUACGGGUCGGAGGCGGAGUCAGGGGGCGGACCGGGCCGAGUUGCGCGUGGUGGAGGUGGAUGAGCGGGGAUUGAUCAAGAUCAAUCCGUUGAUCUUUUGGAGCUUCAAGGAGGUCAAGGACUAUAUUGAUAAGGAGGGCGUGCCAUAUAACCCGCUGCUGGACCAGGGGUACCGCUCAAUAGGUGACGUGCACUCGACGGCACUGCCGGAUCCAUCUCAGGCGGAUGCGGGAGAGCGGUCAGGGCGAUGGCAGGGGAAGAGCAAGACGGAAUGUGGACUUCAUUCGAAUUAUUUCGAGAUGAAGCAGAGGUUUGAGCAGAAGCAGGCGGGGGAGGAGGCAAGCGCGGUGGAAGGGAAGGCAUGA